GUAUCUCCAUUCCUCCUGCUGGAGAGAGGUGAAACUAUACAUGGGCACUUCAUUCGGCGACGCGGUUUUCUUUCGCUGCCUGGCGAGAUGAUGAGCUUUAUUUAAGAAUAUAGAUGUAAAAAUCCAGCUCUUCAGUUUUUCCUCCCCUCCUGUACGACGAAGACGGGAGCGUAAAGGAGCCAGGGGAAGAAAAGAGAAAGGAAUUUAUCUCCGCAGCACUUUGGAUCGCGUGUCUUUCCAGCAAAAGGUUUUUUUUUUUACUCGUUCCUGCGUCCAUGUGAAUCGCUCCUGCCUUUUUCUUUUGUGGCUAUUUUACAUCAAACUGCAAUUUGCUCCGUCUGGACUCGGGUUUUCCUACAAGAUUAGGGAUUCCUGAAUGGCUGACUGCAAUUUACCUUGGAACUGGCCUCCCGAUACUUGCAUAUCCUGAUCGGGUGCCUAUUCAAUCGCCCUCCUGUAUUUUGAAUGUAUUGAUCGCGCUGUUCUCCCCUUCUUACCCCAUAUGAGAUUGCGUGCUCCGAUUUGACUUUGCACUGCCCCGUCUUUUGAGAUCUCCUUUUUUCCCUCCUCUACGCUUCAUAAACACCGGCGAUCAUUUCGCUCUAUAGCACUUUCCGGGGCCGAGAUAUGGCAAUGGUAGUUAGCGUCUGGCGAGAUCCGCAGGAAGACGUGGCCGGAGGACCUCCGAGCGGCCCCAAUCCAGCAGCGCAGCCGGCAAGGGAGCAGCAGCAGGCGGCGUCGGCGGCGCCGCACACUCCGCAGACCCCCAGCCAGCCGGGACCCCCGUCCACACCGGGGACCGCCGGGGACAAGGGGAGUCAAAAUUCUGGACAGAGUCAACAGCAUAUUGAAUGUGUUGUUUGCGGAGACAAAUCGAGCGGCAAACACUAUGGCCAGUUCACCUGCGAGGGAUGCAAAAGUUUCUUCAAGAGGAGUGUACGGAGGAACUUAACAUACUCAUGUCGUGCCAAUAGGAACUGUCCCAUUGACCAGCACCACCGAAAUCAGUGCCAAUACUGCCGGCUGAAGAAGUGUUUAAAAGUGGGAAUGCGGCGGGAAGGUGAAUAUAUAUUUUAAAGCCCACUCAUGAUCACUCAUCUUAGCAGCAGACACACAGGGCUGCCAUGUUGCAUUAAGGUCACCGUCUAUACGGCUGGGCAUACUGCAGCCUCCAUCCAUGUUUUUUAGGGAUGUUUGCAUGAAUGAUUGGACUGUGUUCCUGUGUGGGAGAGGGCUAAAAGGCCAGUGCAGCCAAAAGCAGCUCUGCUUUGGAGUGCAAUGCUCGCCCUGAACAAAGCGGCUCGUCCAGAUCAGACCUUUUAUAUUUUGUUUAUUUUCUCGCUCACUAAAUUCUACAAUAAUCCACUAAAAGCAAAAGGCGAAAGAGACGCUUUUUACGCGUACGUUUGAAGGCAGAAGAGAGGUGUGUUUGAGAGUGUGUGUGUGUGUGUGUGUACCUUGAUGUCUGUCUGUCUGUGUGUUUGUGUAGUGUGUGUGAGUGUGUGUGCAAAGCUAAUGGUCUCUUCCAUAAGUACAUGCUGCUUACUAAUUUAUAAUAAUACAGCAGGGUUUGUAAACAGUGUGUGUUCAUUUUUCAUUCACACACUUACAGACCCACGUCUCUCUCUCUGGCUCCUCGUGCUGACUAGACAGCUCACACACUCUGAAUAAUGCCGCUCAAGUUGUUGAGGGCUCAUUGUUUUGCCUGCUGCAUUACAGGCCGUAUAACUUUACCCUCUGUGUGUGUUAACCUUUGGGUUUAAUUCCAAUUCAUGCAAACAUCCCCAAUUUUAAAUAUGGUGCACGCCAUAAGCACAUGGAUGGUGUUAACUGGGUUACAUGAAUAUUUUAUUUUUAAUACUAAACAAUAGCAGAAUCUCUUUUAUUCCCAGCUGACCUUUUGAUGUGCGUAAAAAGUGUAACCGUGGUAGCUUUUAUCUAUAUUUAUCAGUAUUAUUAAUAAUUUGUUCAGCCUCGUUUGGGAUUUUUUUCAUAUAGAUAGCAAGACACUAAAAUAGAAUUAUAAAGUAAUUGGAGGGGGCGACGUGCAACGUGCAGUUACGCUUUGAAAUAGUCCAAAUGAGACAUUUAUUCAGAAAAUAUUUGUAAAACAGGAGAUAUGUGUGUUUUUGCUGCAUGAAAGUGCACAUUCACACACACCUCAUGUGGCGUACAUCUCCAAAUACAAAUGUAAACAGUAUGGAGGUUAGAGACUGGGCACAUCUGUUUUGAUGAGAUGUUUAGGCUGUCGAUAACCUAAAUAAGUCAUCUCUGCGAUAUUACAGCCCAACAAACAGCCCACUCCAGUCAAUAUGUUUGGAAAGGCGUGCUGAAUUCAGAUUUCAGUGCUUGCCGUCUCCCUGAGAAGAAACACACUAGCUGUAGCCUGCUUUACGCUUGUAAUACUCAUGAACAAUGUUUGUCAGUCCUGGAUGCACAUUUCCUCUUUUUCUCUUUCUUUUUGUCAGCGGUUCAGCGAGGACGAAUGCCUCCAACCCAGCCCAACCCAGGCCAGUACGCGCUGACGAACGGGGACCCUCUGAACGGCCACUGCUAUCUGUCCGGAUACAUCUCGUUACUGCUGCGGGCCGAGCCUUACCCGACGUCCCGGUACGGCAGCCAGUGCAUGCAGCCCAACAAUAUCAUGGGCAUCGAGAACAUCUGCGAGCUGGCAGCUCGGUUGCUCUUCAGCGCCGUGGAGUGGGCGAGAAACAUCCCUUUCUUUCCCGACCUGCAGAUCACCGACCAGGUGUCCCUGCUCAGGCUGACGUGGAGCGAGUUGUUUGUGCUUAACGCGGCCCAGUGCUCCAUGCCUCUGCAUGUGGCCCCUCUGCUCGCCGCGGCGGGCCUCCACGCCUCCCCGAUGUCUGCGGACCGGGUCGUGGCUUUCAUGGAUCACAUCCGGAUCUUCCAGGAGCAAGUGGAGAAGCUUAAGACCCUGCACGUAGACUCGGCAGAGUACAGCUGCCUGAAGGCCAUCGUGCUUUUCACAUCAGGUGGGUGUCACACGUAGGAACAUGGUACCAGAUGAGGCCUACAUGCACUCUUGUAACAGAGAGAGAGGAAAAGGCUGACAAGCUUAGGCUGGUCACCAAUCUGACUUUACGAGAUGUCUGUGUUGCCGGUGGAUCAGCAAUUUAGUCAACAGCUUGCUUCAUAUCUACUUACAUGCAUUCCCAUGUCAGUUGUAGCCGCAGCAGAAGACGUGUAAACAAACCCAGAUUGAGUGAGCGCAUCAAGUUUUUCUAUUGCAGCACUCAGACUAAUGUUUGUAAAAUUUGGAGAUAGUUAAAAAAAAUCGCACAUAUGUGAAUAUUUCAUAAUUGUCGAGUUAAAACUUUUUUUGAGCACGUCUGAACUGAGAGUUUGUAGCUCCGCGUCUAUAAAUUUUGGAACAGGUGUCAAAUAAUUGAGCGUAAAGAUGAAAUAGAGUAUCAGUGGGUGAUAUAUGACAGCUGAUGCUUUUAUGGGUGUUGCUGCAUGCUUUUAUCCUUGUUUUGCGUGCACAAACACAUGUCUUGGGGGGGUUAGGAAAUAAUCCUUAGCAGACUGAGAUCAAAAAAGCUGAUGAAAGUUGACUCAUGUGUCAGUGCAUCGCUUCUGUAGGACGCAGAGAGGCACUGCUGUAUAGACUGUGUGUAGAUUCCUCUCAGCUGACCUAUUAAUUUUCUAACUUUACUGAUGGCCGUCUCGCGCUUUGAAGAGUCAGCAGCAGUUUAUAAAAGUAACCCCUCAUUGUUGAUAGCUUAAUUGAUGGCUGACCGGGGGCAGGGUCCUGGUAGGUCCUCAUUUGCUCUUCGUGCGUAAGUUUCGGUGUUGUGUUUGAGUUUGCUCUGUACGCUUAUUGGUGCCAUCAGGCCCUAUUUUUUUGUCAGGAAAGAGAAAGUCUGAAGUCACCCACAGGCCCUAAACUAGUUCUAAACUUGACUCAAAGUUUUUACCUCGCUGUGUUAGAUUUGAGCCAUGACAAAAUUCUGUAAAAAGCGCGUUUAUUUCUUACAAUUGAAGACGUUCGUGAUAAAAUUUUUGAUUUUUUUGUAGUUUUUUCAGAUUUUGAUUUCUAUUGCAAUUACUCCAAUCUUAAAUACCCAUUGUAAGCGUCAUAAUUUAAUUUUAGCGUCUAUGUAAAUAUCAUUUUUAUUAUUUAUUUCAUUUGUAGGUUAUGUUCAAUUGUUUACAAAAACCAACUUUAACACUUUUAAAUUAUAUAAUUAUUGUACCAUAUUAGAAAAUUGCUAAUAAACUCUCCAACACUAUAUUUAGAUAUAACUCCCUCUGAAUAUUAUCAGAAUCUGUUUAAUCUCAACUCUAACUUUUCGAGUGCUCUCCAAACAUUGUAAAUAGGAAGUCAGAGAUUAUAUUCCAGCCUACAAAACCACUCUCAACAUUCAAUUUUCCUCUGUUGGCGGAUACGACAUCACCACAUAGGUUUCCCUUUAGUUCAAGCACUUUCUAUUUUUUUUAUAUUUUUAGUUUCAGCAGCCAUAAUAACUACUUUUUAGCUUUGAGGUUUGGCAACUAUAUUAAUUUGACACGCCAAAUUUUGGAGGCACCCUGAGAGGUAAAUAUACGUUUUAGCAUAGAUAAAUAUGAUUCUAGCUUUAGUUUCCGUUCCAAAGUAAUGUGACAUCCUGGUGGAUUAUUUUACCGUGAGAAAUGUCAUAUUUGCCUUUAUUUUCCCUCCUCCACGACGAUCUCAGAUUUACCCACAGAAACUUCCUCCACUCUCCAGCAUCCAGCACGUCUCGAACUUCCAUUUCAGUCAGGUUGAUCGAGGCUGAAGCUGGUGUGAGCUUUAACAAGUCAUGUGGCACUUUGCCAGGAGCAGUGCGGAUUGUUUGCCUUCAAUAACAGCACACUUUGUCAGUAUUUGAUGCAUAAAUAAUGGCGGCCAUGGCUAAACUAUUUCACCACAGUUCAGGAUCAUUCAUACAUUCACUUAUUCUCCACAUACGCACAGUGCAGUGUGUGCUUUCAGUCACCCACCACAGAAAUAGCCGAAUCUGGAAGCUAUCUGCUCCCAUGUCUCAGUGUAUAGAAGUGGAGGGGUGCAGGGCUUGCAGGCAGGCCUAAUGGAGAACUAUGGGAUGUCUUUGACCAGCUUUCUCUUUGCGCAUACACCCAACUGCAGUCUAGUCCCCUCUCACACAAAACUCUCACGCCGCUGCAAUGCAACACCUCUGCGUUCACUAUUUUCAUAUAUGUGUUUUUAUUCCACUGAAAACAUUCAAAUGUAAUUUAGAGCUCAGUCUUAUUGAUUCUUGUAGGUUUUAAAAAGGAGACACUCAGCGUUAAUCCAAAGACAUUUGCAUACAUGGGGCCCUGACCGACCGGACUGAGGUCACAGUAAAUCACCCCGAGAUCUCCGAGUUGCCCCCGGGUUCAUAAGGUUAUUGUGUCUGGCCUUAGUGAGUUAUAGCGCAGAGAAAUCACGACUGGGCUUAAAAGCCUCUGUCCGUCGUUUAAUGUAUUAGUGCUUGAAAGCUAAAGCUGUCUUUCUUGUUGUGUAGUUUCUACAAAAGCAGAACACAGUCUUUUCAGGACUCCAUGUGGAACCAUAUACGCCGGCGGUUAUGCAGCCUGCGUUUACAGCAGUUUAUAAGAGUGGGACACGCAUGCUUGGGUUGUGUGAAGAAGAAGAAAAAAAAAAUAACACUCCUCUUCUCUAACAAGCUUUAUACGCUUUUGUCUAUACUGAAGCGAGGCUGCAGGAGGCUGCAGGAGCCACCAGUGAGCAGCAAAAAGCACGUCUCGCCUGCGUUGCUGCACAGGCUCAUAUUCUGACAUUUUAUGUCGCUUCUGCGUGACUAUUGACUUCACCUCGUCUAAUAAAUGUGAUUGCUUCCAGCGGCCUGUCCUAUAGGCUCCAUGGAAAACAGGCCAAGAGUGGUCUAUGGAGAGCAGAACGGCGAAAUGACUUAACAGCUUACUGCGGAGUAAUUAGGUCACAUUACAUCCAGUGUAAUUUCAGAUUCAUCAGUGUCGUUUAUGUUGCCUUACACUUGAAGCCCCAGAGUCCAGACACGGAGAGCAGCCACCUUUAGGCCUAUAACCCGCUAUAACCCACUGUAACCCACUAUCACCCACCUUUCGCCCUUUGCUCCAGUGCCCCAUCAGACCUUACUGCACGCGCUCACAGUGCUGUUUUCGUGACAUUUGGCUCCCUAUUCUUCUUGAUUGACGGAAAUACAGGCAAGAGAUAUACCCUCCACCUUCCCCAGCAGAGAAGCCCCCCACCACCACCCACCCACCCAUCCCUGUUUAUUCUGUAUGACAGUCCCACUCGCUCAGUGUGAUGUAGCAUGUUUGGCCAGUAUGUUUGUUCAUUCCUCUUUGUCAAUAACACGUAAAGGCUGAUGUUGAGUGAUAACCAGCGUGCUUUUGCAAGGUGUGCACCAAAGCGUAAUCCAAUGACCAGUUAGAAAAACAGCGAAUAACACACAAGUCUUUUCAUUUAAAACAAUAAAAAACUAAAUAUGUAUUUAAAAUCAUUGUCUCUAAGGUGUGUAUGCCUCUUUGCGAACUUGGUGACCCCUUGACUCCUUUGAUUUAUUUUAAUAAUACUGUAUUUAAUUCUGUAUUUCCAGCCAACACUUAUUCUAUUACUUGUUUCUCUGAGUGUUAACAGUAAAAUAAUAUCACAUCCAGACAAUGUUCCACUGCAGCUCAUACCUUGGGGUUUUCAGGGACGUGGCGAGCCUAACCACAGUGUGUUUUUUGGUGUGUGUUUCUCAGACGCUUGCGGCCUGUCGGACGCUGCUCACAUCGAGAGCCUACAAGAGAAGUCCCAGUGCGCCCUGGAGGAGUACGUGAGGAGCCAGUACCCGAACCAGCCCAGCCGCUUUGGGAAGCUCCUUCUGCGGCUGCCCUCACUGCGCACCGUCUCCUCGUCGGUAAUCGAGCAGCUGUUCUUCGUCCGCUUGGUAGGUAAAACUCCUAUUGAAACCCUCAUCAGGGAUAUGCUAUUAUCCGGGAGCAGCUUCAACUGGCCUUACAUGUCCAUCCAAUGAUCCUUAUAAAGAAAGUGGAAAAAAGAGAGGAAAAAGGACCAAAAUUCAGCAGCCCUCACCCCGUCCUCCUUCAAGAAGACUAUAUAUAGGACCUUUUCUGACAAACUUGGAAGACAUUACUUUUUUUCUGUCUUCUGGGACUGAUAUGGAAUACAUUAUGUACAGAAAAAUAUUGGAACUGGACUUUACACCUGUGUAAAUCCACCCUCAUCUUCAAGAACAAUACUCUUCAUUUUGUAAAAUACUAGUCUUUAUUUUCCUUUUUUUGUAAAAAAUACAAAUAAAAUGAAAAACAUCAUAUGCGCAGUAAGAAAAAAAGAAUCAAGACUUAGCGGGAAAAUAAUGUUUCCAAGCAAUUAUAAGAAUUGUCCUGUGUCUAUGUACCUCUCUGUUUUGUAUUUUUUCUGGUUCUAAACCAGGGUUUCUGUGAUUCUAUACUAAUAAUUUUUUGAUAUAACCUUUUGCUUCUUAUAAUGAGUGCGAUAUAUGUUGUCGAAGCUAUGUUCUCCAAGAAUUAAAAUUGAAGUGAGAAUUUAAAAACAGAAAAAUAAAGAAAUUUAGACAAAUAAGAAACAGUCUAAUCGCUAUGACAAUAUCACCACUGAUGGUUGAACUUUUUUUUCCCAAUUGAAACAAUGGACCUGCAACAGCAGCAAACUGACCUCCAGGACAUUUUUAACUGA